CCACGACUGGCAGCGCCGUGCGCGCACCGAUGCGGGGUCGUCACGCUCCCCGGCGCGGCGGUGUUCCCGGUUGCCUGUCCGAUGGACUCUUCGAGGCGGAUGCUUCAGGGGCCAGGUUGGAUAAGGGACCACAGAAACGAGUCGUGCGACGUCUUGCUUUUGAUAUUCGAACUUCUGCUCUUGCCGCCCAGCUUCCUCGGCUUCGGCGGCAAGCGCAGCGGCGACGGCGAGCUCGUGCUGUCGCAGGUGCAGUCCCUCGAAUGGGGCUUGAUGAUUGUGGACGAGGUCCAGGUCAUGCCGGCGCGCACCUUCCGCACGGUGGCCACCACCGUGAAGGCCCACUGCAUCCUCGGCCUCACCGCCACGCUGGUGCGCGAGGACAAUCUCAUCUAUGAUCUGCACUGGCUCAUCGGGCCGAAGCUCUACGAGGCGAGCUGGCAGCAGCUCCAGGAGGAGGGCUUCAUUGCGCGGGUGCGCUGCGUCGAGGUGUGGUGCGAGAUGACCAGGGCGUUCUUCGCCGAGUACCUGCGGGGGCAGGACGAGAAGAACGAACACCUCCGGCGCGCCCUCUGGACGUGCAACCCGACGAAGCUCAACGUGUGCGAGUACCUGAUCCGUUUCCACGAGAACAGGGGCGACAAGAUCAUUGUCUUCAGCGACAACAUCUUCAUCCUCGAGGAGUUUGCCAAGCAGCUGGGCCGUUACUACAUCUGCGGCAAGGUUGACAUGCGGGAGCGGAUGCAGAUUCUGAGCAACUUCGCGGAUUGCCGUCCGCUUGUUUCUUGGAUUAUGGAUUUGCGCUUCGGUGGACCCGUUGCUUGCAAUGUGUCGCGGGCUCGGACAUGCGCGUUGAACGGACAAUUUAGAGCAGCCGUGAGGGUAGCUGUCAUGCUGGCGCCCACAGCACUGGCCUGCGGUAACAGCACCAGCAACAGCAGGAGUGAAGAGGGUGAGAAAUACAACGACAGCUGUUGGAUGAGGGACAGUGGCAGUGGUUGAAAUCUUUGAGCUUGGCACUGUUUGACGAACGUAUAUCGUGGAGUGGCUAAGAAUUGUCAUAUCAUGCGCGGAAAGGUCGGCAGGAAGUAGUGGGAGCAUAGUGCGACGUUUGGGUUGAAUUUGUUGUGGGGCAUAUAGCGCGUGGUCUGAAUUAAAGCGUAGGGGGGCCAGUGCUAGUUGUUUUGACAUGUAUUGCAUGCAGGUUGUGGAUCGUAGGAGGAGCAAGUUCGGCCAUAUGUAACUCCUUGAUUGUUGAUCCACAGUGGAAAAGGACAGUGCGACUUGUAACACCAUCUUCUUGUCCAAGGUGGAUAUGUUCCAAACGUCGAGCUCAUUGUUGCUUCAUUGCCUUAUGUCUUUCCUGGUGUUCGCAUCAUUACUUGUACCUCUGAGUCGGUUGCCUUCUUGAUCUGCCUCUGCCUUUACCAAAAAAAGCCUCGGCGUAGAGAGCGCGCACGCUUGUACACCUAUCGACUUCCAGGAUAAAUGCAAAGGGUUGUUGACUAUCCGUGCAGCUCGCAGUGAUCGAUUUCUGGUGGCAAUAAUAUCCUGUUAUCUUGUGGCUGUGUUGGUGAUGUCUGGUGCACCCGCAGGCCGCGAUCGUUUUUCCUACC